UGUAUAAGAAUUGUGUCACUACUUGAUAAAAUAUAACAAAAAUUGACAUUUUGUUCUUAUAAAAUUAGUUAAACGUAUUGAUCGUGUCAAUUUUUUAUUUUUUCGUUUUUAACACUAACUUGACCCAUUUAUUAUUUGUAUUAACGAGUCGUGUCAUUUACGGGUUCGUGUUGAGAAAUGACCAAUCCUAACUUACUAAUUUCAAGUCGUGUAAGGAUUUGACACCAUGGUGGUAGUGACAUUAUACAUGUACUAGUAUCCCACUUUAUUAUUCAAAUUCUUAGUAAAAGACUCAAAACUCUUCUUAUUCGGUAUUAAAGAUUUUAUUUUGAUAUCUAAUUUCGUAUUAUAACUUAUAAUAAGUUUUGACUGUUACAUUAGUUUUUUAAUAUUGUAAUGGUUCAAUUUAAUAUAUUUUAAUAUUUGACCAAAGUUCUGGGAAGAUUCAAAUCGUUUUUGAUGGACUGUCAUAUUUUACCAUAUCUGAAGAUCCAAAUUGUUUUGGGGCAUCUUUAGAUCAGACGAAUUUGCCACUUCAUAUCCAUCUCCCAGAAUACGUGAAUUCGGAGAUAUGUUACUAUGCACAUAAGGGUUAGAUUUUAAUUGGAUCUAGUACAUUCGGUUCAAUAAUAAAAUCAAAAUAAGUUCUCAAAAGAUAGGUGAUAUUCUCUUUAAUAUAUUUAGUUUAUUUUUUUUGAAGGGUAAAAAACCAACCCUAUAUGGUUAGGGGACCCACUUGUAAAUAAUUAAUCCACUGUACUAAUUGAUUUACCAUUGAAAGAAAUUGAAAACCACUCUGAGUGUCCCUUAUUUCUUGUAGAAUUUCUAAGGCUUCUUUUGCUUUGGUUUCUUUUCCAUUUCACUGAAGUUAGAUUCAAUGGAAUUUGAUUGUAUUUGAGUUGGGAGAAUCGGAGUUAAUCGGAUUACGAUUCUUUAUUAGCAAUCAGAGAGUAAUUGUUGAAAAUUGAUUCUUAGCGAUGUAGAUGAACCUUUAUGCUGUGUUUGGCAACAUGAAUUUAGAUCAGCAAAGGCUUUCGUGGAGAUUUGACCAUCUUGCCAAUUCUUAAUUGUCGUAAACAACAGACAGUAUAUAGGUACUGAAUAUGAAAUCCCUAAUCCCGCCCACGCCCCACCACUCAUCCCCGGGAAAGGAACUCCAAAGUGAAAAUAAAACUUUCAUUGAAUCUAUUCUUGAACUAUUUUUGGCUUUUUGAAAGCAAACUGGACAAAGGCGCAGUUCUCAAGGCCAUCUGCUCAGGAUUCGAGGAGACUACAGAGCCAGCCCUUUGUUUAACUGAAGAUCAUCCCUUAAUCUUUGUCUACAAAUCCUAGUUCUGUUCCUGUAUAUCCUGAUCCCCAAAAAAUGGGAAAGGAAACAAUUGAGUGCUAGUUUUGUUCCUUUUCAAUUGUACUGAUGGUCUUUAAAAGUUCUUUUCUUUUAUUUUUUUCAAUCACAUGCAUAGAAACAAAUGAAUGCUUAGAGAACAAAGCGCGCUCGCUUGGGGGGAGGUGGUUUGCUAUCAGGAUAAGGCUGCCAAUAUUGCGACAUGCAAGAUGCUUAUGCAGACAGAACCGUUGGAGAGGAAAAACCUAGGACUUCAGUGGAUGAGGGGCCCUCUAUGACAGAAUUAAGUGGGUAUAAUUCUAAGAGGCGGGAGUUUGAAAUUGAAUAUGAGAAUGAUGCCGAGCAGUUGCUGGCGGACAUGUUGAUUGCAAGCCAUGCCACGUGCUCACCUCUCGGCCAGAGGGUUUGCUACUGGACUACUGAUUUGCUAGAGUUCCCAUACUACCUCAUGUGUUUCUCUGAUUCCCUUCUUACGUCACUUUUCAAUGAUAGAGGCUUGCCGCAUAAGAUUAAGGAAGCUGAAGAAACUGCCCGUGGAGUGAAGGAGAGUUCCCAGCCUGAUCCGAGUGGUAAAUUCCUCCAAAGGGCAAAUAAUCUCAAAGGAGAACUUGAUAGCAGUGCUCAGGGAGGUGUCACAAAUAUAGAUUCUGGUUGCAAGGACUCUUCUUCAACAACUGCAGGACUAGCUAUUUCAAACUCCUUAAACAAUUGGGAUGUCACCGGUUUUGUGGGGGCUAAUUUACUCUCUGUAGCUGAAAAACAGCUGUGUGGCGAAAUCAAGAUCCUACCAACACAUUAUUUGAGUCUGUUGGAAGCCAUGUCAAUGGAGAUUUUAAAGGGCAAUAUUACCAAGAAAUCCGAGGCGCAUGGCAUGUUCAACCUUGAUCCAAAUAAGGUGGAUGGAGUAUAUGAUAUGCUUGUGAAAAAGGGUAUCACUCAAGCGUGACAUGCAGCCAGCCUGCAAUUUUGUUCGAGAGCUAAUGAGUUGUGGAUUCUAGAAAGGUAAAUAGCGCCCUUGUGGUCAUGAACUCUGUAAAAAUUUUGUACUCAGCAAUUAAUAUAGUGCAGUGACCUUCAACAAGACCCAAGAUUUGUUGUGGAAGUAGAGAAAGUAUUCAUCGCAAUGGUGGUCAUGUCUUUAUUAACACGUGAUAUCACUAGUCAAUCAUAAUGUCAAAUAUCUCAUUUAAUCCAAUGUGAUUGUAAUUGAAUGUGGUGGUUAUUAGAACAGUGAGUCACUAGGUGAUAUGAUUCAUU